AGCUCAGCGCGCAGUUGAAAUGUGUUGUGCAAACACGGAAAAGUUAGUUCCAUCUGCAGCUUCGUGCAGUCAUCUCGUGAAAAGAUGACUUAUCCGUGCAUUGUGAAUGUGUUGACGGUGUUUUUUAUUUUAGCAUCAGUCUACGGUGAUGACUGCUUUGAUUGUGUCCAGAAAGGUGACUUCAAGCAUGGGGUGCCAUCAAUGACAGAUUCAAAUGAACACCCAGUAUAUAGGAAGCGGCAUUAUUUUAUUAUAAUACCAAUUGGCCUUCUUGUGGUACUUUGUAAAUGGUGUCUGUACUGUUGCUGCAAGCGCCGAAGAGGAGCAAUACCGUAUGGGAAUAUGGAGGAAGUAACAGUCACUGUCACACCAGAAACAAGACAGCCAUCAACAAGUGGAAGCUUGACUCAUCCUCAGAACUUCCAGCAGCAACAGCAGGAGCAGCCACAGCCAUUGCCAAGGUCCCUCUAUAAUCCAUUUCAGCCUAUACCACUACCACCACCACCACAAAAAAAUGUUUCAUCAACUCAACCUGCAGGUGAAGAUCAACCGCCAUCAUAUAGUGAAGCAUGUGGCAUGCAACUUCCAAACAAACCGUUUUAUAAAUAAUAAAUUAUUGACUUGCAAGUUUAAUUUACAUAGGUAUUGUUGGUAUGUUGUUUGAAGGGAGAACAUUUUCAUAUGUUCUGCCAUUCAUUGAAGUGACCAGUAUUUUGUCAUCAAGCUAUUAAGUUCUUAUUUGUGUAUCACAUAAUUAAAAAGGUACCUAUGCAGCGUAACCACAGUAUUCCAAUUAAGAAAAAUUCUGUGUUUUACCUGGUUCACAUUGCAUCGCUGUUCUAAGUUAGUAAUGUAACUGCUGUAGGAAAAACAUUAUGCACAACCUGAAAUAUUCCACAUCUGCAAAUAAUGUUACAUAGACAAAUAUUUUGACAUGGAAUUAGCCUACCCAAAAUACUACACUUACCACCAAAAAUAGUAUUUGAUAGUUCAGUCAACGUGCACAAUAUUCUAGGCCAUGCCUAUGCCAGCCCUGCUUCCAUUCCUGUACUACCUGAGUCAUUUUCCUGUGAUUGACUUACAUGAGAGACUUCUUUCAUACAUACAUCCGAUGCCUCAUAGUGUAGUCCAGUUACAGGUAUUUCCUACCUUAUGAAGAGUAUUUACAAGUAACCAGGUCAUUUAUGAGAUCAAUAUUUUUAAACUUAUUCCAGCAUUACAUGUAAGGCUGACAACCAGCUGCCUGCCUCCAUAACUGGCCACCACCAAACUGUGGCUAAUUGUAAACCCAGCCACCCACUUGAUGAAUCUACUGCCCACCAUGACAUCAAUUACUGCAUUACCACACCUUUGGACCCACUACAUACAUUACCAGCUCCUCUGAAGGUAACAGUUGAGAACAAUCUCUCCAGCAUAUCCUCUGUUAUCUCAAUCCCAUGGAUCUAAACGUCUGCUAGUGCCCUUCCCAUAUCUAUGACCUUACUGAAUUUUUCCUCUUUUCUUUCCGUACACUGCUCUCCUGCUCCUCUAAAUUUUAUACUUAAAUUUCUCUACUCACUCCCCCUUCCCCCCUCCCUGUUAAUGUUCAGUGAACGUCCCUUUCUCAGUCCACACUUUAGUAUAGUAGCUCCUUGCUAAUCUGUCCUCCACGCAUCCGGGAGCAUGGUCAGAAUGGAAAAAAAGAAGGUUGGAUCUGACCCAUUACAUCACAGUACUGCACGAUUUUAAUUUUCGACUGGAAAUACUGUCUGAAAUAUUGUUCUGUGUUGAAAUAGUAACAAAACUAAAGGAAAAUGUUGACACACUAAAAAAUCUUGCAUGAAAGUAUAAUGUAUAUUAUUGCCAGUACUGUAAAAUAUGCCUGUAUCGUACAGUAAGAUAUUGAUACUGUGAGCAAAAGUGUGACUUCUGUAGAUACUUUAUUACCAUACUACAUUGAGACAACUGAUUUAAACUGAACUGUAUACAAUAUGAAACAUCACACAGUAAAACGUGUUC